CGCCUGCUCCCGUGAGCCUCGCAAGUCAGAAUCCAGCCCCGGCGCAUUCGACGUGCCGGCUGACUGACCCCGGAUGCAUUUUGUGGACGUUGACAUCGACGGCUCCAUGCUAUCGGUGCUCUACAACUCCCGUUGCAUCCUUGACUCUGCCGUUGGUAUCCUCGGCGACACUUCCAAUGGACUCACCCCGCCAUCUUGCCCCAAGCUAACUCAAGGAGGUCGGCUCUCUCGCUCAGAGAUGAUUAGGGACACGAUUUCGAAAUUCUUGUCUGCCACGGACCUCGUUGCACUCGCCAACAGGCCGCUGCCAAAUGCUCCAGAUGGGAAGUACCCGUAUCAAGUGCAGCCAAAGCAGACUGCGCCUCAGUCAGGGCCCACCGCCGCAUACAAGGCGACACACUCGAGGUUGACGCUUCUGAUGCAGAAGCUGCAGACGAUAUUCGAGCACGGCCCCCCUGUCCACGAUCCAGGGAAUUUCAUAAAAGCGGCCCUGCAAGCCUUCGAGAACCCCGAUGCGAUCAACGACCGCAAAGACCUCUUCGUCGACCUGCUCAGCGCGCUCUGCAAGCUCCCACAGGACACAGAGUUUUCCAAGGAGGCGAACGGCAAGGCCAUCGCCUUUCUCUACAACUCGCUCCCGCACCCGCCCGCGAUGUACGUCGGCUCCGACCCGUCUGGGUCGGUACCAUGGACCGAGGCGAACGCGUCGACACCUGCAGCGCCAGCGACGUCCUGGGGCGCGAACGGCGCGCCGUCAGGCUCAGAACCAUCGAAAGGCUCAGACGCACCGACACCGCGCGCGCCGUGGGCGUUCCGCAGCGCCGACGGGAGCGGGAAUAACGUCUGGCGGCCUGCGCUGGGUCAGUCCGGCCGGCCGUACGCGCGCGACGUCGAGAGCGAGCAGCCGCUGCCGGCGAACGUCCUUCCGGACCCGGGGCUCGUGUUCGACGCCCUGCUCCGGUCUCGCGGCGACUUCAAGCCGCACCCCGGACGCAACUCGUCGCUGACGUUCGCGUUCGCGUCCCUCGUCACGCACACGCUCUUCCGCACUGCCCCGACGGACAUGACGGUGAACAACACGACGUCGUACCUCGACCUGUCGCCGCUGUACGGCACGACCCAGGCCGAGCAGGACCUCGUGCGGAACAGGGGCGCGGGGCGCGGGCUGCUGUGGAACGACGCGUUCGCCGAGGACCGCCUCGUGCUCGUCCCGCCCGCGGCGAGCGCGCUCCUGGUCCUUUUCAGCAGGAACCACAACUACACCGCAAAUAUGCUGCUGAAGAUCAACGAGCGCGGACGGUGGAAGGACCCGCCGCCGUCGGACCCGGCGCAGCGGGCGCAGCAGGACGAAGAGAUCUUCCAGGUCGCGCGGAACGUCAACUGCGGUCACUUUAUGGCGAUGAUCUUUGGCGAUUAUGUCGGCGGAUUCUUGGGCCUGCCGCGCGACGGUCUGGCCUGGAGUAUGAACCCUUUUGACCCCAUCAAGACGCCGAGUGGCGAGGUCGUUGGGCGUGGUGAGGGCAACCAUGUUUCUGUCGAGUUCAACCUGCUGUACCGCUGGCACGCAACGAUAGCAGAAAAGGACAUUGGCUGGACGAAAAAACUCUUCACCGGAGUGUUCCCCGGCAAAGACCCCGAGAAGCUGCAGCCCAGCGAUUUCAUUGCCGCAGUCGGACGCUCGUGGAGCUCCCUUGUGGACCCAAAUCCGCGCACGCGAACAUUCAACGGGCAGGUUUUCUCGACCUUCCCAACGCUUGAGCGCGGCCCCGACGGCGCCUUCGCAGACGACGCUCUCGCCGACAUCCUCCAGACGGCGACCGAGAGCGUCGCGGGCGCGUACCGCGCACGGGGCCACCCCGCCGUCCUGCGCGUCAUAGAGACGAUGACCAUCGAGCAGGGCCGACAGUGGGGCAUGUGCUCGAUGAACGAGUUCCGCACGUUCCUCGGCCUGAAGCCGUUCGCGGACUUCGAGGACUGGAACCGGGACCCCGCGAUCGCAGGCGCGGCGCGGCAGCUGUACGGACACAUCGACUACCUCGAGCUGUACCCCGGCAUCCAGGCCGAGGAGACGAUGCCGCUCGGCCCCGGGUCGGGCAUCUGCUGCGGCUACACGAUGACGCGCGCGAUCCUCGCAGACGCCAUCGCGCUCGUGCGCGGAGACAGGUUCUACACGACCGACUACACGCGUAAGGCGCCCUCGCGUUUCUUUUUUUUUGUCCCCGACGCGACGCUGACUGUGUUCUUGUCGCAUCCAGCUGCGAACCUGACCUCGUGGGGCUUCCAAGACUGCGCGCGCGACCCGAACAACGGCGCGUUCGGCGGCGCGCUGCCGAAGCUGCUCAUGCGCCACCUUCCGAGGCACUACCCUGGAGAUAACAUAUAUUCGCUCUUCCCGUUCUACACGCCGGCCGCAAUGAAGGAGAACCUGGCCAGGCUCGGGAUCGCGGACCAGUACUCGGGCUUGGACGGCAGGCGCCCGCAGGUGCUGCCGGUCCCGAAGGUCGUCGAUACCAUCGAGGGCCUCGUACAUGUGCUCGCGGACGCCGAUAAGUUUGGGACGCCGUACACACGUAACAUGAAGCUCCUGACGGAGGACUACGGCUUCUUCCUAAACUUUGACGAGCAGGACAAACAUGCGAAGGACAAGGCGUGGGCCGCACACGCGCUGUUCCCCAAGGGCCGGGAGUCGUUUGAGGACCACAUGCAGGCAUACAAGAGCAUCACCGAAGGCCUCGUCAAGGACUACUCGUAUAACAUCGACGGCAUCCCUGGCACACGCGUCGAUAUCGUGGGCAACGUCAUCAACCUCAUCGCCGUGCGGUGGGUUUCGGACUACCUGGUCGGUUUCUCCCGGUUUUGUUGA